AUGGCUCCAUACUUUCAUCCCACCGGGCGGGUCGCCGAGCUUGAACUCCCAUCGUCCUCGAGCAGCAACAUCCGGUACGAUCUCCGCCAGAGGGCCACUGUGCCCGAGCUCUUGCACUCCUCAUCGACCGAGUCCUCCGAUCUAUUCGGUCCGGGAUCGCCGCAGAGUGUGGAGAAGAAUGAGCGGUCGCCCAUCGUCCUCCGGAAACAACCGCCUGCAAGGUGUCGGAGUGAAGACGGGGGUAGUCGACGAGGCAGCGCCAGUGUACGCGGUGGACAUGGCAAAGAGGAGAGUGGAGAAACGGACAAGUCGCUCUACUACCGAGACUACUUUGCGAGCGGGGCGCAUCGGAAGGACCUCAAGAGGACGCCAUGGAUAUCAAAGCCGGUGAAAGGGUCGGAGGAGAUCUGGAUAGAGGCAGAGCAGGAGGCGGUCGAGUGGUUGUCGCUAUUCUAUGAUCUCGUAGUGGUUGCCGUCUUGACCAUUUUCUCAACGCAGCACGAGCUCUCGAAUCCCGCUGCCAUCCCUAUCUUCCUCUCCUUCUUCGUCAUCAUAUUUUGGCUCUGGGUCUCUCAGACAGCCUACGACAUGCGGUAUCAGGGCAACGACGCCUUGAACCGCUUCUUCAAGUUUUUACAGAUCGGGCUGUUCAUCUAUCAAGGCGCGGCAGGUGGGAAUUGGAACCCUGGACGGAUCGACCGCAUUACAGACGAUGAUCCGUAUGGUGCAAGAUCAUCUCAACACGAGGACGCCCUGCAGAGCUUCACGACGGUAGUCGUUGCCUUUACGGUGUCCCGCGCUAUAAUGGCCCUGCAGUACUUGAUCUGCUGGUUUCAAGCGCGAAAAUCGGGCCGCCUUACCGCUCAUAUCGGCAUGAAUGUCGCUGCUCUGGUCGCUUCAGGCAUCCUGGCGGUCAUCUCUUUCUGCAUCCCCGCGACCAGUCAGGCAUGGAAAGUGGCCAAACUCGUGCUCUUCUACAGCGCUAUCGGCGUGGAAGUGGGCAAUGUCUUUGUGGCUGUCCUGCUCAAGGUCAACAUACCAGUCGAAACGCACAAGGUGGCCGAGAGAUAUGGUGCCUUCACCUUGAUCAUACUAGGGGAAGGUAUCAUCAGCAUCACUCGCUCCUUCAGCAGAGCCAUCUCUGGCCUCUCAGACGACGAUUCCGGCACCUACAUCCAGGUCUUCCUGACCAUCCUCACCCUAUUCCUCUUGUACUCUUUCCUCUUCGGCACGUUCGACAAGAAUGACCACACUGGCCAUACUCGAGCGACAAUUUGGCAGCUCGUCCAUUUCCCGCUGUGUUUCGGGAUCUUGCUCUUAGUGGCUGCAAUGGUCAAUGUCGUAGUGACGCUCUCCGCAACGCAUGGCAUCACGCUCAUCCUUUCUAUUUUAGAGCCGUACAGCGAAGCCAUCACCGGUGAUGCCCCGCCGAUACUCGAUCCGGGACAUCUGAAAUACGCCAGCAAGUACAUGAACAAGCUCUCGCUUGAGCCUCCGUUCGCGCAGACUAUAACGUCGAUAUUCGUCCAGCUCAACCAAUCCGCUCCAUCACUUGACCCGGCGGUGGUCUAUGUCCAGUACGCAGCGCAGAUCGCCUACUCUGCUUUCCAGCUUUACGGCGCCGAGAUCCCGAUCGAGGCGACCAACAUGUACUAUACGCUUUACGCGCUCAAUACGACGUGGACCCCGGACGCGGCGGAGCGGCUGCAUGCCAGGGAUGAGGCGGUGCACAUGUUCAAUGAGAUUGUGCAGGAGAUCCUGAAUGAUUCAUUCACAGGUGUGCUGUGGCUGUUGCCUGUUGCGGGAUGUGUCCUCAUUCUCACCGCCUGCCGCUCAAUGCUGUGGUAUCGCUUCGUCGGACCUGCCCACUGGGUACAUCAUGGCUCCCAACUCAUCGCUGGCGUCAUCCUCGGCCUACUCGGAUUGCUCGAUAUCGGACCAAAGCACCUCGACAUCGCUCAAUUAGGCGAGGACGACGUCGGUACCGAACGCAGCCUGAACCCGCUAUAUCAGGUGCUGUUCCACGAGAUCCCGCUGGUGAUCAUCGCGAUGGUGUAUCUGGUUGUGUAUGUCGGGAGCGGGGCGGCGAUCUGGUUCUUGCAACGGAGGCAGGACAAGCAGGAGCGGAGCAGGGACAAGGGCAAGCGCGCCAGGGGGGAAAUGGAUGAGAAGGGACCCGACGGGGACGAUGGCGAGAGGGGACUGGCGGUGGAGCUGGACUCAGAGGCGUACCCGCUCGAACAGGUACGGUGA